AACAAACAACGUUCCCGAUUUGGAACGUGAUAUCUGAUGGUGCAAGAAAGUUAUCAGUAUACAGAUAAGCGCACAAUUGUUUAGAGGGUAUAUAGCUGGACGGUAUUCAUGACAAGACUUCACUAAGUAUCUUAUUUUAGUUACAAUAUCUUUAAUUUUAAAACAAAUGUCUGAUCUGAAAGUCGCUCUCAUAACCGGCGCAAGCUCCGGAAUCGGUGCCGCAACGGCGGUACAUUUCGCUAAGAUAGGUUACAAACUGGCUAUUUGCGGAAGAGAUGAAACUGCACUAGCCAAAACCGCCACUCUGUGCCUGGAGAUGAAUCCCCAAUUAUCAAGAGAUGAUGUAUUGGUUUUAGUUGGCGAUCUGACUGUGGAGACGGACUGUGAAGAAGCCGUCCAGAAUACAAUUGAAAGAUUCAAGAGAUUAGAUGUCCUCAUUCCGAAUGCCGGAAUCUUAAAAAUUGGUUAUCUUGAAACGCAUUCUUUAGCAGAAUACGAUCAAGUCAUGGACAUAAACUGUCGAUCAGUUAUUGUUUUAACCAAAUUGUGCAUUCCUCACCUUACUGAAUCUAAAGGGAAUAUAGUCAAUGUUUCCAGCAUUUGCGGAUUACGAGCCUUUCCAGGUUCGCUGUACUAUAACGUCAGCAAAGCGGGAGUAGACCAACUGACUAGAUGCUCUGCCUUAGAGUUGGCACCUAAAGGAGUGCGCGUAAACGCUGUCAAUCCCGGAGUGAUCAUUACAGAGUGCCAAAAACGUGCUGGAAUGACGGACGAAUUCUACGAGAAAUUCAUGGAACACUCGAAAACUACUCACCCACUUGGACGCCCGGGUACUGCAGAAGAAGUCGCCAAAGCUAUUGCCUUUUUGGCUUCGGACGACGCUUCAUUUAUUACCGGGGUUACACUUCCAGUUGAUGGGGGACGUUCUGUAGCAUGUCCUCGUUAAUCGAUCGACUUAUGCAAUCUAAUACACGCCUACUGGGCCCCUGAAAACAAAAA